AUGUCUGAUAACACUGAAAAGUUACAAAACUUGUCAAUUGACGAACAAAAACCGGAAGGUACAACAGCCCCAGAAGCUGCAACUGAACCAGUUAUUUUAGGUGAAGAUGGUCAACCACUUUCAAAGAAAGCUUUGAAAAAACUAGAAAAAGAAAAGGAAAAAGAACGUAAGAAGAAAGAAAGAGCUGAUCAAUUAGCCAAAGAACAAGCUGAAAAAGCUGCUAAAGCCGCCAAUGAUCCAGCUAAAGAAAACUAUGGUAAAUUACCAUUAAUUCAAUCAACUUCAAGAUCUGGAAUUAAAAGAGUUAAAUUUGAAGAUUUAUCAGCUGCAAAUGAUGGUGAGGAAGUUGUUUUCAGAGCAAGAGUUCAUACUACUCGUCAACAAGGUGCCACUUUAGCUUUCUUAACUUUAAGACAACAAUCUGAAUUGAUUCAAACCUUAGUUAAAGCCAAUGGUGAAUCAAUUUCUAAACAAAUGGUUAAAUGGGCCGGAUCAAUCAACUUAGAAUCCAUUGUUGUUGUUCAUGGUGUUGUUAAAAAAGUUGAUGAAUUGAUCAAAUCAGCUACUGUGCAAGAUGCUGAAAUUCACAUCACCAAAAUUUUCACUAUUGUUGAAACUCCUCAACAAUUACCAAUCUUAAUUGAAGAUGCCACUAGAUCCGAUGCUGAAGCUGAAGCCGCCGGUUUACCAGUUGUUAAUUUGGAUACUAGAUUAGAUGCAAGAGUUAUUGAUUUGAGAACAACCACUAAUCAAGCUAUUUUCAAAAUCCAAGCUGCUGUUACUUCAUUAUUCAAAGAAUUUUUACAAAAGCGUAAAUUUACUGAAAUUCAUUCUCCAAAAUUAUUAGGUGCUCCUUCAGAAGGUGGUGCUAAUGUUUUUGAAGUUACUUAUUUCAAAAAUAAAGCUUAUUUAGCUCAAUCUCCUCAAUUAUAUAAACAACAAUUGAUUGCUGCUGAUUUCGAAAAAGUUUUUGAAGUUGCUCCAGUUUUCAGAGCUGAAAAUUCAAAUACUCAUCGUCAUAUGACUGAAUUUGUUGGUUUAGAUUUAGAAUUAGCAUUUGAAGAACAUUAUCAUGAAGUUUUAGAUUUAUUAUCUGAAUUAUUUGUUUUCAUCUUUAGUGAAUUGAAAACUAGAUAUGCUAAGGAAAUUGCUUUAGUUAGAAAACAGUAUCCAGUUGAAGAAUUUAAAUUACCAAAAGAUGGUAAAAUGGUUCGUUUACAUUUCAAAGAAGGUAUUGAAUUAUUACGUACUAAAGGUGGUAGAACUGAUAUUGAAGAAUUUGAAGAUUUAAGUACAGAAGAUGAAAAAUUGUUGGGUAAAUUGGUUCGUGAAGAAUAUGACACUGAUUUUUAUAUUUUAGAUAAAUUCCCAUUGGCUAUUAGACCAUUCUAUACCAUGCCAGAUCCAGAAGAUCCAAGAUAUUCCAACUCUUAUGAUUUUUUCAUGAGAGGUGAAGAAAUUUUAUCAGGUGCUCAACGUAUUCAUGAUCCUGAAUUAUUAGCUGAAAGAAUGAAACAUCAUGGGUUAGAUCCUAACCAUGCAGGUUUGAAAGAUUAUGUUGAUGCUUUCACUUAUGGUUGUCCUCCACAUGCUGGUGGUGGUAUUGGUUUAGAACGUGUGGUUAUGUUCUACUUGGACUUGAAGAAUAUCCGUCGUGCUUCAUUAUUCCCUCGUGAUCCAAGAAGAUUACGUCCAUGA